AUGGAAAAUCGUUGUAUAUGCGUCAUCCCUCUGUCGUUAUCCAAAUUUUCGAUCGAAGAGCCAGACAUCGCUUUACUAACACCACAACAGACACCAUCAUUCUCUCAUAUCGAUCUAGUCGUUGAUGAUAAAUCAAAAUCAUCUAAAGUUCAACAAAAAUGGCCCAUUUUUAUACUUUCCAUAAGUUUGAUCGAUCUACUUUUAAUGAUAUUUGCUUUAAUUAAAAAUGGUGGCUUAGAAGAUAUUGAUGACUAUAAAAUGUUGGGUGUAUCUAAUGUUACGUUAAUAAAAAUUGGAGCCAAAUUUCUUCCAUGCAUGAAAAAUGUGUCUCAUGUCGACGAGAAUAAAUCUUUGUGUGGCUCUUAUGCUACAAUAUAUCAAUAUUAUCGCUUCAUAACAUCCAUCUUUCUUCAUGUUGGUAUUAUGCAUCUUCUAUUUAACUUGACAGCACAGAUAUGCGACGGGAUGGUUUUGGAACGUAAAUUUGGUACUGCAAGAGUUGGUGUCAUCUAUAUAUUAUCCGGUUUAGGUGGAAAUAUUGUGAGUUCCGUCAAAGCCAUAUUAUGGCAUGAUAAAAUUGUAGUCACUGUUGGUGCUUCAGGUGCCUGUUUUGGCUUAAUCGGUGUCUUACUGUUAGAUAAAAUUCAAAAUUUCGGUAAAUUACCAAAUCCAUGGUUAGAUAUUACCAUUCAUUGUGUGACAAUAACAUUUUUACCUGUAUUUUCGUUCGUUGAGCCAAUGAUCGAUCUUUUCGCUCACAUUGGUGGAUUAAUUUGUGGAUGUUUAUUGGGUCUACUUAUUUGUCCAACAAUAUUCGUCUUCGGAAAAACGGAAGAUUUGAAAAUAAGAAAUAAAUUUCUAGUAAUGUUGUUAACAUCUGUUCUUUUGUUCGCUUUUUAUUUCGUUGGUUUUCGACUAUUUUUCGAGUAUGGAUAA